AUGUUAGGGGAAGGGGUGGAGUUGACACUGGGUGAGCUGCGCGCAAUGGCACUUCGCCAGCAGCAACAGAUCGACACACAACACCAACUGCUGUGUGCCAAAGAGCAGAGGCUGAGAUACCUGAAGCAACAGGAGGCGCGACAGCAUCAGGUAGCCGUAGAGGGUGAGCGGUUACGACGGCUACGCGAGCGCGUUGAGGCUCAAGAGCAGAAGCUACGGCGACUACGAGCGCUACGAGGCCAACUUGAUAGAAAUAAACAAACUAAUAUUGCACUAACCAGCGACUUAGAGUCAAUACGAGCCCUCUUCAAUGAAAAGGAAAAAGAGUUGUCUGUGGCGGUGGCCAAGGUGGAGGAGCUGACGCGGCAGCUGGAGGAACUUAGAAGAGGAAGAGUACAACCUGCACCUCCCUCGGCUCAUGAGCUGGACAAACUGAGAAGAGAGCUUAUGUAUCGAAACAAGCUGAACGAACAGCAGAAUGGGAGGUUAUCAGCGCAGAGGGCAGCACUAGGCGCCCGGCAAGAAGAGAUGAGGAGCAUCGAUCGAAGGGUGUCUGAACUCCAAGCAAGGCUUUUGAGGAAACGGGCUCUCAACAGACAGCUAACUGCUGCUCACAGACAGCCGCAGCAGAGAAAUAGCAAUCCCACUCCGAUGCAGCAACUGCCCAAUUACCCCGCUGGUAACCAGAUCAGCCAACCAAAGAACCCACAAAGAGGCAACGUGGCUGCUGUAGAGCCUUAUAACCACAUACCACACGCGCAGAGCCUGCAUAAUAACAAUUUCCAGGCUAUGAAGCAGAAUAAUGUGCCAUUAAAACAACUAACACAAAGUGAAAACAUGCAAAACCACCUUACGCAGCAAGAAGCUCAUUUUCUGCAGCAAAAACCACUGAUGAACCCCCUAUACAAUGGAAACUAUCACAUUCAACACACGCAGGAACAAUAUCCCACCCAGUACCCAAACAAACCGGAUACAAAUGCAUUUAACCACGUUCAGCAGGGAAUAACGAAUUCCUACGAAAAAUCAAUAUUCGAUCACGUCAACAAAUAUUCAGAGUACCCAAAACAACAGUACAGUCCAAACAGCACCAGCAGUUCAAACAGCAAUCAAAAUGCAAAAGAACCUAAAAUUAAUGAACAAGAAUUCCCUCCAGAAUUUGCCGCGAGCAAAUCGGAUUCUAAAUACCAAACGCUUCCAUAUAACACCAAAUUUCCAAAUGGAAAAGUGAACGGAAAAGAAGAUAAGAAUCAAAAUGUAAACCAUAUGACGGUGCAUUCUACGCCUCUUUCGGUUAUAAAUAAAAGUCUCGCGACACCUCUAAGUCAAGAAACAGCAUAUCAAGAACAGGCAUAUCAGCUACAAAAAUCAGAUUCAUCCAGCAGAUGUAAUCAAGAAGGAAAAGAAAAUCAUGCAUAUCAACAGAAUUCUAGGUUAAGUAAUGGUCAAGAUUCGAAGAAUGGCAAAAGUCAGGGUAAUUUGAAAGGAAGUUCGCCAAGCAUGUUGUCCAGCUCCUCUGCCGGCAGUUCUAUAGGAUUCGGGAAACCCGUAUCGAGUGUAGCCCCUACAUCGGUUCAGGUCGGCAAACCAUCACCCAUUUACCAGACAUCCUCGACAAAAAUCCAGCCGGUUCAACCGCAAACCGUUCAGACACAGACCCUUAACGCUAAUCCUUCCCAAAACCAGAUCAGAAACACGGCAUCGGGCAUUUCGAACUUGAGCGGCCAGAAUUUGUCACAAAGCCUGCUUUUGUCUCCUCCGCAAAGUGCCAGCACUCCCCUUUCGACUCCCGACGUGAGCGCCGACAAAUCGCCUAAACCAGCGCUACCUCCCAAACCCAGUAUCAAGACUCCACCGAGACAGUCGGCUAACAACGAUACUGGUUUUCGCGAAACGAACCCACCUGACCCAACGGAGAGCGAAUCUCAGAAAGAAAACGGAAACUCAAAUGAGAUGAUCAUUAAAGCGCGCCCCUUAACAAUUAGGAAACCACCGCUAAGCGAACAACCAAAAUUGAGGAACGCGAAAAACGGCCUAAGCAACAGACGGAUCGAAAUGCCUCCCGCAUUUCUUUUCCCAGAAAUGGAAGAUGACAAGGAGAGGCUAAAAAAGGAGGAACCGAUGAAUAAUAACAUAUCAAAUGGUAGCGAUAAGGAAGAUAAAGAUGUAUCUGAUAUAGUGGAGCAAAUAAGCUCAGUGGAUCUUAACCAGGAGUCGCGUAAUGAUGUGGUCCGGAGAUCUAAGAAGGGAAAUCUGAAGCAAGGGGGUAAGGCUCCGCUCGCGAGGCGAGUUAGCUUCGACCCUCUCGCUUUGUUGUUAGAUGCUAGUCUUGAGGGCGAAUUGGAACUUGUGAAGAAGACUGCAACACAGGUGCAAAAUGCAAGCGCUGCGAACGACGAAGGAAUUACAGCUUUACACAACGCCAUAUGUGCCGGCCAUUUCGAGAUAGUCAAGUUUUUAGUAGAGUUGGGUUGCGAUGUCAACGCCCAAGACUCCGACGGCUGGACUCCUCUCCAUUGUGCCGCGUCGUGCAACAACCUACCAAUGGUUCGAUUCCUUGUCGAUAAUGGCGCCUGCAUAUUUGCAACGACACUAUCAGACCACGAGACUGCAGCAGAGAAGUGUGAGGAAGAUGAAGAAGGCUUCGACGGCUGUUCAGAAUACCUUUAUAGUGUGCAAGAAAAACUAGGUAUAAUGAACAGCGGGAUAGUAUACGCCGUGUUCUCGUAUACGGCGUCGCGUUCCGACGAACUAACAUUCGAGACGAGCGCGAGGCUUCAGGUGCUGAGGAAGGGAGACGACAAUGAAAGGGAAUGGUGGUGGUGUCGUGAUGAUACGCAUGAGGGAUACGUGCCUCGGAACUUGCUUGGGUUAUAUCCGAGAGUAACCCCACAGCAAGAAUAA